AUGUUGGGCGCUAUUAUUGCAGAUCAAUAUAUUGGCCGUUAUAAAACAAUCAUCAUCUUUUCCAUCGUUUAUAUGUUUGGUUUUCUUAUCCUUACCACUACAUCUAUUCCUGCAGCUCAGGCUAAAGGGGCUAGUUUCCCCGGUUAUAUCGUCUCCCUUAUUGUCAUUGGCCUUGGUACUGGUGGUAUCAAAGGUAUUGUUUCCCCUCUUUGUGCCGAUCAAUACAGAAGGACUGAGAACUACAUUAAAGAACUCAAGUCUGGCGAACGUGUUCUUGUUGACUUUGAUCUCAGCAUCCAGCAUUUAUAUAAUUGGUUUUACUGGGCUAUCAACGUUGGCUCUUUGUUAGGUGGUAUUAUCUGUCCCAUUCUUGAACUUCGCGUGGGAUUUUACGCGGCUUUUGUAUUACCUACCGUGAUUUUCUUCAUUGCUAUCAUUGUCUUUAUUGGCGGUUCUAAAACCUAUUAUAAGCCUGGCCCCACUGACUCCGUCAUUGCCAAAGCUUGGCAAAUUGUCAAAUUUGCCUAUAAGCGAUCGCGUUUGCCCGAAAACAAAGAAGCUCGCAAGAACUGUAAGGAUGUACUUGAUUUUGCCAAGCGUGACUCUGGUAUUCCCGCUGCAAUUGAGUGGACACCUGAAGCUUACAGUGUUGCCACUUGGGAUGAUACUUUUGUGGAUGAAUUGAAGCAAGCUGUCAUGGCUUGUAAAAUCUUUGUUCCUCUUUCCAUUUACUGGGUCUGUUACAAUCAAUUGUCCAACAACUUACUUUCUCAAGCAAGUACCAUGUAUCGUCCUGAAGGAUUUCCAAAUGAUAUUAUGAACAACUUUGAUCCUAUCGCUUUGAUUGUUUUCAUCCCUAUUACCGAUGGUUUCCUGUAUCCAUUAUUACGUCGCUUGAAGAUCAAUUUCGCUAUUCAAAAGCGUAUUACUGCUGGUUUCAUUUUCGGUGCUUUGGCUAUGGUUUACGCAGCCGUUGUUCAGCAUUACAUUUAUAUCGAUCCUCUUUUUGCCGAAUCAGGAGGAAGAACUUCACAUGUCUCUGUAUUCUUACAAAUUCCUUGUUACUUUUUAAUCGCUUUCUCUGAAAUCUUCGCAUCUAUUUCCUCCAACGAAUACGCCUAUACACACGCUCCCAAGUCCAUGAAGUCACUUGUAUCUGCGCUCUCCUUGUGGCCUAGCUGUGUCGCUGCUUUGAUUUCUUUGGCUAUAUCACCUUCAUCUCAUGAUCCUAAUAUGGUCUGGGUAUACACAGGUGUUGCUGUUGCUGCUUUCAUUACUGGUAUCAUUUACUAUUGGAUGUUUAGAAGCUAUGACAUUAUUGAUGAACAAGCUAAAUUGAAGAAGUUUUUGGAGCAAGAACAGUUCGAAAGCAACAUUGAUCUGGACGAAACUAAUGUUGCUCAUAGUGUGUCUGAUGAAAAAACCAACUUGUGA